UUUCACAGUCUCGUCCUCAUCCAGUUAUAAAUCCGGGUCAGACUCCUUCAUUGAAACUCGCUCCAAUCAGUGUAAUCAUCUCUGUUCCUUCCUUUCGUAUUCUACCUCAUCCUCGUUUGUGAUUUUCCUCUUCGCCUCUGAAAAUGUCUUGCUGCAAUGGUAACUGUGGAUGCGGAAGCAGCUGCAAGUGCGGUAGCGGUUGUGGAGGCUGCAAGAUGUACCCAGACAUGAGCUACACUGAGAGCACAACCACUGAGACUCUGAUCAUGGGCGUUGCACCUGUGAAGGCUCAGUUAGAGGGUGCUGAGAUGGGUGUCGCCGCCGCUGAGAACGGUGGCUGCAAGUGCGGAUCAAACUGCACCUGCGACCCCUGCACCUGCAAGUGAAGUGCAGAUGGAAGUUUGAAGCAGAGAUCAGCCUCACCCCUUUAAUUUGUAGUAGAAAUAAUAGCUAUAUGUAUGCAUACAUACUUUUGUAUAAGAGAGUGUGUGUGUGUGUGUUUAUCUUAAUGUUUGGCGUCUUAGAAUAAAGUGACUGUGGCUUACCUUCUACAAAUUCAAUUGCUCUACAUGAAUUGUUGAGGGUGUCUCAAGUUAUGGUUGCUUUGUAUCUGUUUGCUAAUCGAAAUCAUUAAGCUCUGCUUCUUAUAAUGAAAUUAAUCAUAUAAUCUUAAGAAAAA